AUGGAGGCGAUCCAAGCCACGACCGGCGAGACUAUCGGAAACCUCCAUUAUGAUCAUGCCGCACACUCCACGUCAAGCCCACAGACUAUUUACAGUGGCUGCAUGAGACGUCUGCGGAGCUGGAUACCUAUUCACUACAAAGAAGAAAUUAUCCAGUUAUUAAAAUUAACCGGACCCGUGUUCAUCGCUCAGCUUCUGGGCUUCUUCAUAGGUUUCAUCAGCACUGUGUUCUGUGGACAUCUGGGGAAGACAGAGCUGGCCGGGGUUGCCCUGGCUACAGCUGUGAUCAAUGUUACUGGUUUAUCGAUUGGAUCUGGUUUAUCGUCAGCGUGUGACACUCUUAUGUCACAGACCUUUGGGGGCAGUAACCUGAAGAGAGUGGGGGUGAUUCUGCAGAGGGGGGUUCUCAUUUUGCUGCUGGCAUGUUUCCCAUGCUGGGCUGUUCUCAUCAACACAGAGUCCAUCCUCUUAGUAGUCAAGCAAAGCCCGGAGGUGGCCAGGCUGUCGCAGAUGUAUGUGAAGAUCUUUAUGCCAGCACUCCCAGCAGCUUUCAUUUACCAACUUGAAGGAAAGUACCUUCAGAAUCAGGGGAUAAUCUGGCCACAGGUGGUCACAGGAGUGGUGGGCAACGUUAUAAACGCACUCGUUAACUACAUCUUCCUGUUCGUGCUGGAUCUGGGUGUUGCUGGGUCAGCUGCAGCCAACACCAUCUCACAGUACUCCUUGGCCAUGUUCCUGUAUGCCUACAUUCGCUGGAAGGGUCUUCACAAGGCCACCUGGGCAGGCUGGUCUAUAGAUUGUCUGCGGGAGUGGGGAGCCUUCAUCUACCUGGCCAUUCCCAGCAUGCUCAUGCUGUGUCUCGAGUGGUGGAUCUAUGAGAUCGGGGGCUUCCUGGCAGGCCUGGUGAGUGAAGUGGAGCUGGGAGCACAGUCGGUCAUCUACGAGCUGGCCACCAUCGCAUACAUGUUUCCUCUAGGCUUCGGCGUGGCGGCCAGCGUGAGAGUGGGAAACGCCCUCGGGGCCGGAAACACAGAACAGGCCAAGCUGUCCGGCAAGCUCGCCAUGACCUGUGCAGCUGUGGUCGCAGUGUGUGUAGCAGUAACCAUUGGCGCAUCAAAGGAUGUCAUCUCCUACAUCUUCACGAAUGAUGCACAAAUCAGAAAGAGGGUUGGGGAAGUCAUGGUGCUGUACGCUCCCUUCCACUUAUGUGAUGCAAUGGCGGGUGUGGCAGGGGGCGUUGUGAGGGGGACGGCGAGACAGAAGAUUGGGGCACUUUGUAAUCUGGUGGGGUACUACUUUGUGGGGUUUCCCAUUGGGGUGUCUUUAAUGUUUGCGGCAAAAAUGGGAAUCUUUGGUCUGUGGUCCGGGCUCUUGGUCUGCGUGGUGCUGCAGGCUGCCUUCUUCGUCACCCUCACCAUCAAACUCGACUGGAAGAAAGCCACAGAAGAGGCACUGAUCAGGGCUGGGGUUCAGGCACCUGAGGAGAGUGGAGAACAGGUGUAUGCCAUGGAGAAGCAGGCUGAAUUCCAGGAGGGGGCUUGGGCAGCCCACCUGGAGGAGCCCGGCCCCUGGGAGCUCGGCUCCGACCUGGACGGGCUGCAGGAGAGGGAGGUAGGGGUGGCGCCGGCACAGGCGGCUGUCAGCACAGUGGGGACGCUGCUGUCCUUCAGGCAGCUGGUGAUUCGCCGCGGCCUGACGCUCUGCGCCAUGCUCUUCAUCCUCGCCGUGGGAAUCAUCACCAACGUGCUGCUCACUGCCACCCUCGGGUGAGGCCGGAACGGGGGGUCACGUGACCUGGAACAACCUGGCGUUUGUGGCCUGGCGGCGCCGGUGAGCUGUACUGGGCUUAGAAGCACCUUGAACCUUCUGCUCCGCCCGCCGUGUGAACCAGCAGGCAUGACUCACAGAGAACAGAGGCCGGGCGUUGGCACAAUGGACAGAGCUGAACACACCGAAUCAGAAAUUUA